AUGAGUUACGCUUAUCCACGCACCACAGGCGCCUCCUCCCUCCCUUCGUUUACUCCGAGAAAAACUUCGAAAGUGUCAAAUUUCGUCAAUGAUGCUUGGGACUCUCUGCCCGCCGGCACCAAGCAAUGGAUUUCCCAAGCAAGUACUGCCUACAGGCCGGGAAGGUCGCUAAGGACCAGUGACUUGAAGACAUUGGCCUUCCGAGCUGCGAAAUGGCUAUUUACGGUUACGAAUGCGGUGAUUUUGCUCUGGGUCUACACUUUGUGGUGGGGUGAGCGGACGGUCUUCGAUGAGCAUCUCAGAGCGUGUGCUUGGGAAAACUGGGAGACAUGGCCUCCUGGUGCUACACCACAUCAUGUUGCUUUCAUCGCCGACCCUCAGCUUGUCGAUCCCCAUACAUACCCCGGCCGUCCGUGGCCUCUCUCGACACUAACGGUGAAAUACACCGACCAAUACAUGCGACGUUCUUUUUCCGGCAUCCAGGAAUACUUCGUCCCAGACUCGGUGUUAUUCCUCGGUGACCUGUUUGACGGAGGCAGAGAAUGGGCUACGCGCACGAGCUCGAGCCCAGAAGCUCAGUACAAAAAGAUCAAGGAUCCAUUCUGGAGGAAGGAAUAUGCUAGAUUCGUCAAGAUCUUCAUGAAGCCAUUGGCGAAAAUGACUUCGCCUCCCGCUGAUGGCCGCGGCCGCAAGAUGAUUGCCAGCUUGCCAGGUAACCAUGACCUGGGGUUUGGCAAUGGGAUUCAAGAAUCGGUGCGGGCACGCUUCCAGACCUAUUUUGGACACAGCAAUCGAGUCGAUGUCAUCGGCAACCAUACCUUUGUGUCGGUGGACACUGUCUCGCUAAGUGCCAUGGACCAACCUGACCCUGUAACGGGCGGGUCGAGCACGGCUGCUGGGGCCACAGAUUGGCAUAAGCGGCCGAUCUGGAAGGAUGCAGAUGAGUUCCUCGACACCAUGCCGGUCCACCGGGCAUAUGCGGAGACGCAGGAACUUCGGAUGCUGCAAAACCAGUCCGAGGGCCCUAUUUUCGACUAUCGCGUGGUGGACGCUGUUGACAAGUCGAUACAUUCCAACCCUCAAUCGGAGCCCGUAGGGUUUCCUACUAUUCUUCUCACCCAUGUCCCUCUUUAUCGCAAACCAGGGACUCCUUGCGGUCCCCUCCGCGAACACUACCCGCCUUCCUCUCCGGGACAGGAAGUAGAGGAAGAUGAACCGAACGCUUUGAAGAUCGCAGGGGGUUAUCAAUACCAGAAUGUUUUGACUUCGACUAUCUCGAAUGAGCUGGUCUCCAAGGCGGGACCCAAUAUUGUCCAGAUCUACUCCGGAGAUGACCAUGACUACUGCGAGGUUUCGCACCGCGAGUUCAGUGGCGCCCCAAGGGAGAUCACGGUCAAAAGUUUUUCCUGGGCAAUGGGAGUGCGGCGUCCAGGGUUUCUACUGACGAGUCUAUGGAACCCAAUUGAUCCCCAAACCAGCAAACCGGCGCAGGACGGAUCAGGCCCGACAAUUCAAAACCACCUGUGUCUUCUUCCCGACCAGCUAGCCGUUUUCAUUCACUACGGCUGCAUCCUGGGCGUCAGCCUUGUGGUGCUCCUGGCCCGAACCGUGUACCGCGUUCUGUACGCGGCCGACUCCUUACCAACGAACGGCUCUGUUCUGCCUCUGUCCGAACGACGCCCCUACCUCUCCCGCCACAAGUACCAGUCCUCUAGUACGUCCAGCUCCUCGCUGUCUUUGGCCGGUAGCCUAGCCAGCCGUGGCGGCAUCACUGCCUCGGCCCGCUAUCCCAGCCCCGGCCUUCACCACGAUGGGUAUCGGGGUCUAGACUAUGACGGUGUCAACUGGAAAGGCAAGAUCCCUUACCGCCAGCUUCCGGUUGUUGGUCUGCGGCCCACGGCUAUCCUCAUCGGCGGGGAGUUCUAUCGGUCUGUCAAGGGCGUAGUUUAUGUGGUGCUGACGGUGUAUUUCUUUUUGAUCUGGCGCUGGUAG